AUGGUGGAUCCAAACUCCAGCCAAGAAAGGUUUAGCUACGUUUAUAGCUGUGACUUGGACACAAAUCUUGAACUCAAAGUGUAAGUUUUGUUAAGGAGAAUGUCUCACGUUACGUUCUUAUUGACCUGAUUGAGGUAGUAGGCAAUCAUUCUUGCAUUUCUAUUUACUGAUUUGCAGUGAUCUAAUCUACUGUUGGUAAGAAAAUGACUGUUCUCUCAAGAUCACUGUGCUCGCGCGGGCGCGGACUUAGAAAAUUCGGUUUAUACCUAAUAUGACCAUUUAAAAAAAUGCUGCUUAUAACAAAAGAACUCCGCAAUUGUCAAAAAUCUUGGACACGGUUGUUUUUUGGGGGGGGCAGUAUAAAAUGAAGACUGCGGACCACUGUUUUUAGGGUUAGAAAACAAUGGGACUAUUGCUGUCACGUUCUUGCGUUCUCUUAAAAUACACUAGAGGCUAGGAGAGGGUGGAAGCCAUUGGUUUUGGCAUUCACUGUGUCUAGAUACCAGGCAGUCUAAAAUUCACGUCCAAUUUUCACCAAAAAUCUCAUUUUACUCUUUAAGCCUCAGAUAAUUUUCUAGAAAUCUCAAGUGCUUUAUAACAUGACCUUGGGUUGUAAGUAUAGUUGCAAUUUUAUUGUCGAGCUUGGGCAUCUAGUGAAAUGUCGAUGUUUUUGACAUGUAGAAAAUAUUCAUGUUCUGACACAUUGAGUCAGCCCUCAAAGAAUAUUCAAAUAAAUUGUUACCGAAACCUUCUCUCAGCAUUUGAUGUUUAUUGGAAAAUGCCAAGGGUUGGUAUUGUAAUGGACAAAUUCUCCGAGUUGGAGUUCUAGAAUAUCAACCGACUGGCAGGCAUCAUCCGCAUGGUUUUCAGAAUACUAGAUGUCUGGCUGUCAGAAAGAAGGUUAGCCUUCUCCUUAUCACAUCUGACUUGUAUCUUGUUUCAGAUGUACUUUAGAAGGGAAAAGAGAACGUAAAGGUUACAACGAGCUACUAAAUGAUCCCCAGCUGAGAUACUCUGGUGUUUAUGAGAGGUGAAUCCUGCUUUUUUUGCUUUCCUUUUUUUGUGCAGUUCAGCAUUCGCAUGAGGCCAGGUUAUAUAAACUGUAGGCAUUGAACAGAUAAACCAGAGCUUCCUGAAUAUUAAUGCAAAGCAACUAUUCAUGGGGAAAAAGCUGUGGAAGACUAAUGAGGCAUAUAACUUUUAGAAGGGUUAGAUAAGGAGCAAGAUUAUGGCAAGAACAAGCAAUCUUGAUAAUCUGUAUUUUGGCAUAGGUGUCCUCUGUGAAUAUGUAGUCACCCAUCCACAACCAUGAUUUUCAAGAUCUUUGAUUUAAACUUUUUUUGCAGAAGGGGAGGGGGGGAUUGAGUUGAUGCACAAUUUUACUGUUUGCAGUAGUGCCUCUAAAACCCAACUGUUUCUGAACAAUAAUACAUUGUAAAUUCCCACAUGGGGUGGGGGGGGAGGAGUCAUGUUGCUCUCAGUAUUUUACUAUUGUAUUUGCCUUUAUCUUUGUCGCUGUCACGAUUUCAACCCAAAUUGGUAUCAUUUUUCUCCCAUUUCACCUACCUUGUGUCACUGUUUCAAGGCCAACAAAGAGAUUGCGAGCAACAAAAAAACAUUUUGCCAGUAUUGCUUUGCAGAGUUGAUUUUAAGUCUCUCUGACAUGUUAACUGACUUUACUAAUAAAAUUGAACAUUCAUUUUCAGUGAGUGUUCUGACCUGUAUGUGACAUGCCAAGUGUUUGCAGAUGGUCAACCACUCUGUCUUCCAACAAGAACUUCUUAUAAACCAUUCAGCACCAGAUGGAAGUAAGUCCCCCGGAGGCUCCUGAUCUGUAUCCCCCAGGGCCGAGUUUUUCAAAGCUGGGUUAAUGCGAGAUUUGAAUUCAGAUUUAAAAGCUUCAAAAGCAUUUCAGUUUUAAUUCUUUUUGUCUACAAGUUGAUGAUUGGAAGCUCUAAAAAUAACAGAGAAAAACUAUCCCUGAUCUGUAUGCCCAGGGCCAGCACCAGAAAAGAAACCGGGUUAAAUUUAACCCUGGGUUAAAAAUAACAGAGAAAAUUAUCCGAUCGACCUUAGAGCACCAGAAAAAGAAACCCGGUUAAAUUUAACAACUGGACCCAGGAGAAUAACCCCUCUUGUCUCACUUGAUUACCUGAUCUGAUGAACUAUGGGUCUUAUCUUACUGGCAUUAGAUCAGCUCCUUGUUGGAGAGUGGCUCCCUAUAAUUCCACCAGAUCUUACUUUUCCCUAAAGUGUAUCCCUUCUCUUAAACAUGCUUUUUGCCAUCAAUAUUACUGCAUUGCAUUAUUUUGAAGUAAAUGGUUUAUUAGAUAAGACAAUCCAUUCUAAGCCCUGUAAGUCCCAAAAGUGACCAACAUCACUAAAUUAUUUUUAACAAUUUCCUUACAUCAUCGAGAGAAAAGAUUAUGAGAAUUUAUGAAAUGAUCAUCAAAGAGAAAAUGCUUAAAUCUUCUACCAAACAGGCUAUUUCUGAGUUACCAAAACUCUCAAUUUCGAAACCAGGCAAAUGCAAUCCCUUUCUUGUGAAAAUGAGUUUUAUUUGCGUGAGAAUAAAAAAUCAUUUUCAUAUCAGUAGCUUCACGCUUAGCCACGUUUUGAAACAGAGGCACAAGGAAACUCGGAAGUGGCCUGUUCUCUAAACUCAUUGUAUGGAAAUAUAUGGAGAUCAGUCUGAAGAAUAAUCUCUGUGCAUAUUUGGACUUAAAGGGUGAAAAGAGUUUAUUGACCCUGAUUUCUGCCCUUUAGUCAAAUAUUCUUCAAUUUUUAGUUUGUUAAGUUUCUCUCAGCUAUGCUACCAGUCCCAUGUCAGAAUAAUGUUAGACAAAAGUGAUUCCAUGGUUAAUCUGAUUAAACUGCCUUUCGUGCAAAUGUGUUUUUUUUUGUAAUUGUAAUUACUCACAUUUAUUGUUCUUUGUUUGUUCCAGUUGGAAUGAAUGGCUAAAGUUACCAAUAAAGUACCCUGAUCUGCCUCGUAAUGCUCAGGUUUGUUUUACCAUAUGGGAUGUGUAUGGACCAAGAAAAGCUGUCCCUGUUGGUGGGACUACUGUCUCCCUCUUUGGAAAACAUGGGUAGGUGUUUUACAACGAACAAUUAUUAUUAAUGAUGCUUCUACAUGUAUUUGCUAUGGUUUCCAUGAUUAGCUGAAAAUCAUUUCAGUUUUAUCAAAAUGUUUCUCUAUUCUGCUGUACCAUGCUUCAGAGCAUUGUUUAUGUACACCAUUAAUAUUAUUGCUGUCAAGCUUUCCAUAAAUCAUCUAUCAAGCCCCCUGAGGAGUUGGGAGGCUUAUUAGGGAAGGGGAGCCUAUUAAGAGGGGGGGGGGCUAUUAGAGAGGGGGACAUAUUUAGAGGGGGGCUUAUUAGAGAGUGGGGCUCAUUAGAGUGGGGCGCUUAUUUAGUUUAGAGAACAUGAUAGUAUCCAUUGUCGAUUAAGAACUGGAACAAAGUGGAAAAGCUCAGUUACACUGUACAUGAAGUUGGAUCCAAAGAUGAAGAACUAAUCCAAACUUCCCAGCAUGUGAAUAAACCAUACCAGAUGGGGUUGUCACGAAGUAGUCAUGAUUAUUUAAUAAUAAGGGGGGAGUCAGGGGGGGCUUAAAAGAGAGGGAGGGCUUAAUAACUUUUUUUCCCUGAAAGGGGGUGUGGGGGGGGGCUUAAUACAUAGUUUAUGAUACGCCACUGUAUUAUUAACUAAAGCCAGCCAAAGAGUACAUUGCCUCUAUUUUUUGUGACUGUUCCCUGAAACAUUUACAUGACUGUAUGAUAUGUGCAGUACUCAGCGUCGUGGCAUGCAUGACCUAAAAGUCUGGCCAGGAGUGGAGGCUGAUGGACAGGAUUCAACAUCCACACCAGGAAAAUCUACAGCUGGUGAAGAUCAGAUGAGUAGAUUAGCUAAGGUAUGGUGUAUGGUUAAUUCUCAAUUUCCUUUUUCUCCUGGUCCUAAUUCAUGAAUAAUUAGGGUUAUGUGUAACUAUGAUGUAUGAGACAAAGGAAAUUUAGAGUCAAUUUAUAUUGGGUUAAAAAAUUUUUAACCCGAGCUGGGUUGUUCAAAGCUGGGUUGAGUUAACCCAGGGUAAGUGAGAAAUUUGAAUUUCGAUAUAAAAGCUUAAAAAGCAAAUUCAUUUUAGUUCUUUUGACUACAAAUUGAUGGCUGGAUGUGCUAAAGAGAAUAAAGAAAAUUAUCUGAGAAAAUGCUUUGGAGAAGAAAAAAAUAGAAACUCGCAUUAAAAUUGAACCCCAGGUAAGUACUAAUUGCCCUUUGAACAGCUGGGCCCUGAAUUGACUUUUAACCUUUUACACAUAUAUAUCUUUAUGUUCUUUCACACGGUAAUGGAAAGAUAAAUGUACUACCCACAGAUACAGUGAAUUGGCCUUUAGCUUCUGGACAGGGAGGGGUGACUAAAAGGGUUUGACAUUUCAGUUUGAAAGUUAUAAGAGGUGAGGGGAGGUGAAUCCUUCAAAGCUUUUGUGUCCUAAAGAUUGCAGUUUGCAUGAUUUUCAACCCUAUGGGAAAAUUCCAGCUGGCAGUGAGACCAAGCCCAAGUUUUACUAAAGACAACCUUUUAGUUACAAUUUAUAGAACUCUGCAAAGGUAAUCAGAUAUGUUGUUCAGUAUAGUGUAUUGGUUUUAGAGACACAGGAUGUUGUUUGGUAUAUAACUGAGCAACUCAUUCAAUCCCUCCCCUCCCCUCCUGCCCAUGUAGCUACCCUGUAAGUGUACUUGAGUGUCCCUUUUUUUCCCCAUAAUCACCAUCUUUGUAUUAACUACAUGAUUGUCUGUUUGUUAACAGCUCAGUAAAAAGCAUCACAAGGGAAGAAUGCUUAAAGUAGAUUGGUUGGACAGGCUGACAUUUAGAGAAAUUGAAAUGGUGAAUGAGGUAAGAUGGCUUUAUAUUUGAAGCUAACUUUAAAAACAGUCAUGGUAAGGUGUACAAUAUUAUUUUGUCAUGAAAUAUAUUAGUCAUCAUAGAUAAAGGGUUUAGUUUAUUAUUUGUCUCGUGAUGGUCACUUUGAUGUUGACCGCGACGUCUGAACUGCACACUGCAGGUCUUCAUCAGGUGAUAGUGUCGAUUUACAGAGUUGGACUACAAUGUAUUUGUACCACCGUGGUUGUUAGUAAAUUAUUGGUGUAUCACAAACCUCGCUCAUGGUUGGUGGGUUUCAAUCCAAUGCAUUGUUGGUAUUGUCAGAGGGAGAAACUGAUCUCUCAGCAGUCUGCUGUGGUAGGGAUCGGCAGUCAUGUUGUCUGAUUGUAGGUGUCCACGCUUCAGGAAUCUCAAUUAUUCCACUGUCCCUGUUGAUGUUGUUAGGGUGAAGUCUUACGUGAAUAGCCUCUUUUUAAAACUCUGCGAGAGUUUGCUUUGCAACACUGGUUUCCCCGCUAAAUGACGCCUGACAAGCAAGUGCAAAAAUUCUAUACUGAUGAUUUGUCACCACCCAGAUCUGGGUUGUAUAUAUUAGUGCUUUUGAUUGAUUGAUCCAAUCCAAUCAGGAGCACUACCCAGAUCUAGGUAGUGACACAUUAUCCGUAUGGAAUUUCUUCAGUCGUUCCUCAAACGUCAUGUUGCUAGGAAUCCAGUUUGGUGUCACAAAAUAUCGGCUGUUUUCUUAGGCUAGUAUGUAAGGAAACAGUGUUAUAAAAAAAUUAUGUUAGGCAUGGAAAGAACUGAUUGAUAAGUUAAGAUGUUUUUUUGUUAGUGUGAACAUUGUACAUACAUGAAAUGAUAGCAUAAUGAUAUGAUGUAGGGGUAAUUUUGUAUUUUUCUUUCCUGUGAUGCAUCUAAUGCUUUUUUGUUCUUUACAGAAAGAAAAACGAAACUCCAAUUUCAUGUUCUUGAUGAUCAAGUUUCCCAGAAUCCAUGAUGACAAAGUCGAGUAUUCUGUUGUACAUUUUGAAAAGGUAUGAUCUUUAAUGAUGUUUUCAUUCUAAAACUCAUGAGCAGAUCAGCAAUGGUAAUUUUAACAAUACAGUAUUACAUGAAGUUAUUUAUUCUUACCAAUACAAUUUAUUACUGAAUGAGGCUGAUUACGAUGCGAAGAAUGUUGCAGAUCAAGGAGAAUGCUAUCCACCAAAGCUGAAGGCCAACAGGGAUAACAGCGUCGGAGAUCUGCAUAAUUCUUUAUUAUUCAAAAGCUGAAUUCAUUAAAAAAUAUAUUGUUUUCAUAGUCAUUCAAAAUAUUUCUAAGUUCUUAAUGAUGGCCAUGUGCCAGGGGAUGGACUGUACAUUUGCAUAACAAAAACAUGCUCAUGCUAGUUUUUAUCCCUUUUCUUAGUAACUAAGCAACCAAAUUAUCUUAAACAUUGCAAAAUAAAACUUCAGAUUAUGUGGCUAGAAAAUAUGGAUAUUUUCUGUGGAUUAUUAAUACCAUUUAAAACAGAGAGAGCAUAAUUCUAGAACAUUCAUUUGUUAUCAUCCAAAAAAGGCACAUUUUCCCUGCUUUUUCCCCUUGAACACGUUGAUCGAAUUUUUCUCCUUUCCAAAAAAAAUGUGUGAAAUCUAAUGAAAUAUUUUCUAAAAUUGAUAUUGUUGAAAAUGGAAUGCACAUAAAAUUCGCUUAAAAGUGGUAUUAUUUAACCCCACUUUUGGUCUCUCAGUUCAGGAAAUAUAACUUAAAAAACUAGCUUGAGACCACAUUAUUUUCAACAAAAACUGUCAAUUUAUUGCACCUUUGUUGUUAGUCAUAGACUUUAUUUGUACAUACCUCUUUGGUUUUGCUGAUUGUGCCUUUUAUGCCUUCUGCACUUUUUGCCCAUCAGGCCUUUUGCUUCAAGUCUUGCCUAUCACGUCUACAUGUAUUACACCAAUUUAAACCUUUAAAGAUUAUGUGUAAAGUGGCAACUUUUCAAGUAUGGACGCAGCUUAAAAAAAUGUGAUUGCAAAAGGCAACAGUUACUGUUUCAAGGAGAAAACUGCUUGUUAUCCUUUUGUUAUUCAUUCAAAAACUUUGUCAAAACCAUUCAAAAUCAUUGACAAUAUUGUUGUGUAGCUAUGAACCUUGUCCAGAAAUAUAAAGCAUGCUGAAGAGAUUCACAUUGUACGCUCUUUAUUGUACAGUAGGCAUUACAAAGUUUUCAAGCCAUUUGAUAUAAUUCUCACCCGAGCACCAGAAAUUCUGUCAAACUUUAAGUGAUACUUUAUAAAUAACAUAUUAUUGUUGUGCAUUGUUCAUAACCAAGGCCCUAGCUUGUUACAUACAUUUCUGGCCAUUAGUGACAACCCUUUCAAUAAUUAUUGUUAUGUGAAUAUUAAAUCUCGCUAUGAUUUCAGUGUAGUUUCCAUGCAUUUCUAUAGUGUAAUUAAGAUAGUAACUGCAAUUUCAAAACACAUUUUCAUACAUUUUUAUCUGUGUCCACGCAGAUCAUUGAUCUUUGUGAAUUAAUUUUUCAGGGUGCUGAUGAUGUCGACUAUGUCAACACUCAUCCUGAGAUUGUCAGAGUUCCAGAUCCCGAAAUACUAAUGGUAUUUAUAAAAAAAUUAAUGAUUGCUUCUUCCAGGACAUUCUUAGUACCCAGUUCAAAACAUCAGCUUAGUGUAAUACACAAGAUCAUUAAAAGAACCAAUUUCACCCACCAAAGCCUUGUGUGUUGUGUUAUUUCUUUGUCGGCGCACCUAAACAUUAAUAAACAAUUAGCUAAUUACUUCAAACUCACUCAGGCAUAAAACUUGGAGAGAGCCUUUUAUUAGAUAGAGUCAGUUUGAAAGAUCUCUGGUUGAAAAUGAAGCAAAUUUUGUAUCUAUAAACCAAAGUCCUAACAAAGUAUUAUUACUGCUUCUUUCAUGUUAAAACAGAUUCAAUUCUUCAGUAUCUACUUUUCUGUAACAUUAAUGAAGCUGUGUGAAGCUUCAGUUUUGUCCAUUUUUUUUAUCUUUAUUUUUUAUUUCUCCAUCAGGAAAAUCUGGUGGAGCUGAAGCAUCACAAGUUGGUAAGAAGUAUCAGAAGUGGAACAGUUUCAAGGGACUUGAAACCAAAUGCAAAAACCAGGGACCAGUUGAAUGUAUGAAAAAUAUAUUUUUGCUUUAAUUGCAAUAUUAUUGGUCUUUUUGUGGGCUUCUCUUGUUCCCCGCAAUCCUAAUUUCCAGGUUGCUAUUAUGCACGCCAGCUUUGUCUGGACAGAAUGCAAUCUGAUCACACGUGUUUGGACCUUCUAUCACUUGUGAUCUGAUCAUGCAUGUUUUUGACAAUCUAUAAUGUGAAAACCACAGUAUUAGAGCAAAGGUUUUGACCUUGAAUUGUUGUCACAGGCAGUCUGUAGCAUUCAGGUAUUACUCGUAAUAAAUUGAAUUUUUCGCCUUCAGAAUCCACUAUACGCUGUGUUUAACCUACAAAUUGUAGUGGUUUGUGGAAUAAAGCCUCUUUCAAUGUUAAAAUAAUUCUCCCAGCCACAGAGUUUUGAAUUCUUGAAAAAGUCUGGAAAAUAAAGAUUAAGACACACUGUAAAAAUGGUUUAAAAAAAAAGUGUGAACUCAAGGUUUCUUUGAUGGAAACCAGUGCUUCAACUUGUUUUUUUUUCUGGUAGACAUAUCUUUAGUUAUCAAAAAUUUUGUCAGUAGCCAAAUUAUUUAAUCACAUGAUAAGAAGUUUCAGAAUUUUCUCACGUCCAUAUUGCUUGUGAUUACUGUACAUUUGCAGUGUAUCAUGUGAAAAGCUUGGUCUCUCUUUUUGUCAAAGGAUUUUGAUAACCUUGAGUUUGGAAAAGGAAUUAUUGUCUUAAGAAAAGCUCUUGAAAUAGUCUUGAGUUUUUCUUCCAAAAAUCUUUACAAACCCCUGCUACUAGAUAGACACACAAUCUAGUUUUCUACAGUUACAUAUACAUGUACUACGUACUAUAAAACUGUCAAAUUAGAAGAAAUCGUUCAUGGCUAUAUCUUCCCAAUAAACCCUAGACAAGAGUGACAUUUAUGAUGGGUUUCAUUUCUUUUUAGCAAAUUGUUGGUUAUCCAUCUACCCAAGUACUUACAUCAGAAGAAAAGGACUUAGUUUGGCAGUUCAGAUUUUACUUGACAAAUCAAAAGAAGGUGUUGUUUUGUUACGCUACAUGUACAGGGCUGCAAGUAUUAAAAAAACAAUAGAGUUAAUAUUAGCCGGCAUAAAUAUGUUUUGGGCUCAACUCAGACUUCACCCACUUCAGCCACUUCACCACUGGCCAUGGAACUACUACGGGCAUUAUUACAUCAUGAGCUUCUCUAACGUUUGUAGAUUUUCUUUCUCUAGCUGAGGAGAUUGACAAUUUACAAAUUCUUUGUUGUUUUCUUUGUUUUCAACCGUGAUGUGGGCUUUGAAAAUGGCACUGUGAUUUCUUUUUCACAAACAGUGCAAGAAAAUGGCACAAACACUGCAAUAUGGCUUCUCGAUUUUGAUUGGCUGCUUACAUCGUAUGACUGUUUGAUCCUGUCUUUUCACUGGUUUAUUUCAGCGGGCUGAAAUAUAUUAUUUUUAGCCUGCCAAAUUCUCCAUUUUAGCCUGCAAAAUGCCCCACAAUGCCUAACAAGGUGACAAUAAUAUAUUUUUUUAAAGGAGAGAUGUCCAACAACAGCAUAAUUUUUUGCUCACUAUACACAGGAAAAUCAAACUGUGGUUGGACAUCGCAUUGCACUGAAUUUCAUUUUCUGUAUUAAUUUAGUUGUUCUAAUGCAUAGUUACAGACAAGAAACGUCGAAUGAAGUUAGGAAAAGAAAAAUCUUUAGGAAAAGAUUUUUGAAUUUUAAAAUUGCUCUUGAAAGCAUAUUUACAUGAAAAUUCUGAAAUGCCAUCAGCAAAUUAUGCACAGAUUUACAACAAGUGCUGUUAUGUGCAAGCUUAAUAAUGUAGGUUCAGUACAACAAUUUUUUUAUUAUUAUUGAUUAAUAAUUUUUUGUUAUUUUAUUGAAGGCACUGACCAAGUUUCUAAAAUGUGUUGAUUGGAGUCAGCCACAGGAAGCCAGGCAGGUAAAUUCACUUAUGUCCAAAUUUCUUAUUUGCCAUGCUUGUGAACAUGUUUUAGUAUUACUAGUUAGACAUGAAACAAGCAAAGUCACGCUGAAAUCACAAAUCACACUGAAGCUUCACUUCAUUGUGAAAGAAGUAAUUCACCAUAAACUCCUUUCAAAUCCCAAGGUAAUAAUAUCAACAAGUAAACUUUCUUCAUUUUAACAAGCCUUUGUUGCAUACAGUGCACCUGUCCAAUAUAUUAAUAAUUGUUACAGAUGCAGAUUGUAAUAAUCAGCAUGCAGAGAAAGUCAUGUCUGAUAACCUGGAACUAGUGAAUUUUGCUAUUUGGCUAGUAAAUUUUGUUCUUUGCGAUGGGCAAGUGAUGUUUUUUUUCUUUUGGUGGGGGGCGGGAGGGGGGGUUCAAAUCAGAGAAAUACUGUAAGACAAAUUCAAAAUUCAUGUAGAAUGAAAGCUGUUUUUCAAGCUGAUCUGACAGUGAAAUUAUUACAGGUAGACAGUGGGUAUUAUAUUAUUAAAGAAUAGUCCACUCAUUUGCUGCAAUAACUUGUGAAACAUUUUUUAACACUCCUAAAGAAAUUUUGCAUCUCCACACAGUCAUGUAAUAUUCUGUAUUUAUGCAGUCAUUAUUAUUAUUAUUUUUAAUCCAGGCACUAGAGCUGUUAGGAAAGUGGAACCCAAUGGAUGUCGAAGAUGCUUUAGAGUUGUUAUCAUCACAAUUCACCAACAGAGCUGUCAGACAUUAUGCUGUGUCAAGACUUAAGGAAGCUAAUGACGAUGUAAGUAAAAUUAAUCUGGGUAAUAAUGUUCACAAUUACCGGUAUUGUGUUAUCAGGAUUAAUCAAGGGCGAGGUAAGUGUUAUCAGCUGAUAACACUCGCUUCCGCCUUGAUUAUUCCAGAUAUCACAAAAACCUAAUUGCACAAUUGUUUUAUUUUACAUUGUUUUGAAGAAAAUAUAAGGACAAACACAGCUUUGCAUGGAACACAGUUUGAUAUUGCUCUUGGAAGCCAUGCAAUGUGUGUGCAACCUAGCAGAUAUCUUAGUAACUGAUCUGUAGGUUGGGCUGAUUUCCAAAAUAAACUGUAGGCUAGCUUUUAGCCAAUGAGAAGCUAGAUAGGGAGUACAAUGUAUAAUAAUCACAAAUGAUGGAUCAUUCUUUGUGUAGGAUCUGUUGCUUUAUCUCCUUCAACUUGUCCAAGCUCUCCGUUAUGAAUCCUUGUCAGACGAGGAAGAAAAACUGACAGAGAACACUGUUGACAGUCUUCUUGAAGAAAGUAUUGAAAACCAUGGCACUGAAAAUGCACCAACACAAGGUAGUAACUUUCAAUACUCGUUAACAAUGUUAUUAUGACCGUGUAGACACUCAAACUGAGUGAAUCAAAACAGUGAGGCAGUAUGCAGGACACAUUACACAUGAGCCUAGUAGUGACAAUACAUGGACUUUGCUCAUCAUGAAUCUCUUCAUAGCUCAGUUGAUAGCUAGAGCACCUACCCACUAUUUUUGAGGUCAUAGGUUUGAAUUCUGUCAUCAAGAUUUUUUUCUUUUUCCUAACUAUCAUAAAUGAUUGUUUAUUGCACCUUUUUUAUGUACAACCCUGGUAAAAAAAACCUCUUGGGACACUUAAGGAAAUGAGGUGCGAAAACACACCUUACUUAUUAAAAACAUAUUUUACCUGUUAUAAAUGCUAUAAGAGCCUGUUGCUGCUGUCCCCCCUCCCCUCAGCAAUGUUGAUUGUGUUGAAAAAGAUGUGAAGCCAUAACGUCAACACUGAACCAGGGGGGAUGGGGGGAGGGGGAGAGAAAAUGCAUCAUUUUCACCAGCUGUGGCGUUAAUGUCCCAAGAGUUUUGACCAGGGUUGUAGUGCCAAUUUUAUUUUUAUUGAAACCAUCCAUAUUUAUUACCUGACUUACCCGACAGUGCUAGUUAAGUUUCUGUAGGGAUUAGAGACUUGCAAGACAUCAGUCAAUUGCCAAGUUAGCCAGAUCCUUUUCUCUACAAGUGAGGUUACUUCGUUUGCACCUUUACGUGUGCAUGAACCGUCCCUCGGGUUCUGUGGCCAGAUAAUUAACCAUUAUGUACUGAUGUCCAUUAAAUAGUUUUGUUUCUUUCUUUUCCUAGAUGUAGAAGAAAUGAAAUUGAAUACAACCUCUGUGAAGGAUGUUGAUGAGGUUUGAAUAUUUUGUCAGAUAAUAAACUAGAGUUUAUAGAUUCUAAAUAAUUUUAAAAAUCUGAAAGUAAUAUGGUGCGAAUUGAUAUUAUUUUUAGUCAAAAAGUUAUUUUUUACUAUUUUUCAUCAUUAAUGCCACUAAUUAUAAGGAUAUGAAAUGCUGUAGUAAUUUUUUUUGGAAUUAUCCAUUACUGCUGCAUAAUCUGAGCUAACUUGUUAUUAAGAUGGUCGGUUCCAUGAGCAGAUGAGAAGAAAUAAAUCUUGUGUUCUGAUUGGGUGUCCAAGCAGGCUAAAAAGGCUUGUUUUUCUGUGGUUUGAAAUGGGCAUCAUUUGAAUAAUAAACCUGAGGCGGACAACAUCCUCAGUUUACCCCCUGUCUUCAUCAGUACCAUGUUUUGCGGGUACUUUUUAGCAACUUAAAGCUGCACAGAAAAGAUAAGAAGUCGAAACAAGGAUUUGAGGUCACACUUGGGACCUACUGUCACACAGAAGGCUGCAUGCUGAUCAACUGUGCCAAUCCUUGCUGCACUAAGGAUGGCAGCCGACCUGGCCUUUCUUGCUAUCUGGCUUUGGAAUUUCCUCUUUUGGCCUGCAAGAAAAAUAUUUUCUUAUAUUAGGUGUGAAAGUGUGUUCAGAUGGCUAUAGAUAUUGGCCCCUUUUUUGCAUUUUUACUGACCUUGACUUUAUCUUAGUCCAUAAAAAUGUAAAUGAAAAAAAGAAACUGGCCAAUUUCCAGCAAUCUUGACCUCGUUGUAUUAAUUAAGCCCCCCCCCCCCACUUUUCAGGGGAAGAAAGUUAAUGAGUCCGCACUCUCUAUUAAGCCCCCCUCCCCUCCUCCUCCUAAUAUUCUUCACUAAUAAAGAAUAGACUGCAUUAAUCAAUCAAGACUGUAAAACUUGGUGUGGACUGAUCUGGGAUAGUUUAUUUACCAACUGGAUCGGCAGAUCCUCGGCUGCAUGACCUCCAACCUUCUUGAACUUGAGCUUUGCCACUUUGUAUCCUAGUUCUUUAUGGAGAACUGAUACCAUUGUCUUUUCUAAAUUAAAUAACCCCCCUCUCAAAUAAGCCCCCUCUCAAAUGGGCUUGAAAUCAAUAAGCUCCCCAGGGGGCUCAAUUGAGGAUUUACCGUAGAUUAAGAGUCACCAUGAUGGAAAUUAUUAACACACUCAAAUUGUGCAAUCAUAUUUCACAAAACAAAUUGACCAAGAUCUUAAGAUUGCUGUUCAUUGUUUUCAGAGGUCAGAUGAUUUGGCAUCAUUUCUGAUAUCAAGAGCUUGCAAAAGUGACACUCUCGCAAAUUUUUUUUACUGGUAAGAGUUUAUAAAUUUUUAAAAGUUGCUUUCCUUAAGCCUGCAAAAACAGCCAUCUCUCCUUGCCCCUUACUGCUAGGGAUGUUUCGCCAGGAGUCUGGCCAGGGACCUUUAUGCCUCAGUGACAGAAAUUCCAUACUGAUGACGUAAAUCAAUGCUUACAUAAUAAAUCCUGUUGUCAUGGGGUUCCAAAUGUAAAUUUGUUCAAUUUUAUGUUUUUCCUUGUUGAUUAUAGCAAAGUUUUUUUCUUCAAAGGAACUCUAGCAAGUCUCAAAUGCUUCUCUUAAAAUAAUGUACAUUGUAUUUACUAAUGCUGACUGUUUUGUAGUAGAUUCAUCAUAUUUACAUUUGACCUUUAUAACUGUUUGUCUUGUUUGUGGGUUGUUUUUAAACAAUAGCUCAAACAAUAUAACUAUUAUAACUACUACAUUGACCAAUCAGAGUUCCUAACCAGGUUUUGGACAAAUUUUACAUCAUCAGUAUUGAUUUUCUAUUGCUGAAGCGCAGAGAUCCCUCCUGGCAAAAUGUCCCUAGCUGUAAGGAGCAAGAAAAAACAGCUGUUUUCGUAGGCUGAUUUUCCUUUUGACAUGAAAAUGUUUCUUCACACAAUUUGAUGAUGUACUCGAGGCUGUCACUAGGAUUUCAAGUUGCCAGGUUUAGGCAAUUAAUAAAAGGUGGGAAAUUGAGCAGCUAGGAAGUUCUUUUACUUCUAUUUUUCUUGUAUUUCCUAUGAAAGUAGCAAGGGGUCAUGCUCUUGGCAGAGCUGUCAUUAAGGGCUGUAUAAACCCGUAACAACCUGUAGCACCUGUUACAGCUGAGCUCACUUGAUGUUACAGGAGAUCAAAGUGGAAAGCUAAAGGUGACACUUUAAAUUUUUGUGAGAUGUUACAGGUGAAACUUCAUUUGCUACCACUGUUUCAAAACUUAAUCCCAGCCCUGUUUAUGGUAGCCGGGGGAAAACCCUUAGUAACAGCCCUGUGUGCUAGAGUGGCUGGCAUAAUAUUAGCUGAAUAUUGUGAAUGAUAAUUUUAAUUAAACUUCAUGCUUCUUUCUGGUGUGGUUUGAUCUUUUUUUUUGACAAUAAUUUUGUUAUUUUAUUUUUGAAAAUGUUAAAAAGGUUAAUAAGAAAGACAUUUUUAAAACCACUUUUAACCGCUGACCUGUGACCUUUAUUUUAUUUUCUUGUAUUUUGUCUAAUAGGUAUUUGUUGGUGGAGUGUAAUGAGGGUAAAGAUAUCAAAGAAGGGGCGAUGUACUUAAAUGUAAUGAGACGUUUCAGCCAGGCAUUAAUGAAGGUGGGUGUUCGUCAAAUGAAAAAUUAAAGGGGUCAGCAAAUCUGAAAAUUUAGUCCAAAAUUUAAAUUGUUCAAAAAUAAAUGUUGCUGAAUUUUUGCAUGCAGACUUGUUCUGACCUGGAGAAUGACAUUGUUUGUUUGGGGAUGAUAUGGGAGGUUCUCCAAAAAAUUUGAAGUAGAGGAAGAAAAAAUUAAAUAUUAAGUAGGUGGGAACUGACUUGUCAAGAUCAAAAUCCGCAUCUUUCACAUGGCAGAACUGUGUGUAGGUGUGGGAAGAGGGCUACACCCCUUUCAGUGGGAGAGUCCAAGGGCCUUCCCCAGGAGAAUUUUUAUUUGAAACUUCCUGAGAUUAAAAGUGCAUUUUGAGCAACCAGAGAAAAAAUUUUAGCCAUGAUGAUGACACCUUUAUUCACCCACUCUUGUAUCACAACUGAACAAAAGUGUUGGGAACUAUUUUAGAAUAAAAUGGAAUACGAUUGAUUUAUUGUCUCAAUAAAGCAAUUAUUUUCUGUGAGAAGCUGGCACCUCUGUUUCAGUUAGAUAGCAAUUUUAGCUGGUUGCUGGAGCUUCUGCAAAACUCUGGUCCCUAAACAGACACCUGCAGCUGGUUAGACAGUUCUUGAAACUUAAAGUUAUAAAUAAGGCGAUACACUGAAAGUCUGUCAGAGUUUGGCAAUAAAUAAAUUGGAAAACAGCUCCAUCCAUCUUUCAAGGGCCAUGGUAUCUUGAUAUCCGUAAAACUGUUUUAUUGAUUUAAAAAGCGCCAAAGUAGAAAUUUGGGAAAAUUUAGUGUUAAAAUAAAAUACUAAAACAAGAAGUCACACCAUAAGACUUUAUGCCCCCAGUACUCCAUUAUUGGUUUUGUUAAAAAAUUAAAUGACUUAGAAAAGGAACGAUGUUGUGUUUUAGGGUGGAUGGGAGUGCACAGUUAGAAGGAACAUGUUAGGUAAACAGCAGCAGUUUGUUAAUCAUAUUAUCAAGCUAAUGAAGGAGGUUACUCAGUAUGGAGGCAGCCGAAACAGAAAGGUAACACGAUGAACAGACCAUUACUGGACAAUUUAAUAGUCUCCUAAUUAUUCUUUAUCCUUUUUGGUAUUUUUUGGGUGUUUUUUGCUUUGAUUAGUUUUGUUCUUUGUUCUUGUUGUUGGUUUGUUUGAUUCUUUAUUGUUUGUUGUUGUUUACACUCAAUUUAAUACUUUGAAGUUUCCUUCAACUUUAAGACAAUUUUUUACUGUACAUUCAAACUUAAGUCAAGAACUUGCUACUCUACGUGUAGUGAUAAAUUUACUGCUGUUGAAUAAAUAGAUAAAAAAACUCUUGGACAUCAUGCCUGUCCUGUAAGCCAUGUGUUGAUGGGUGCUAAUCAAAUGCCAUUCCACCUCAGAUUCACAGAUUAAGAGAGCUGCUUGAUGUACCAGAGCUGACGUCAUUUGGAGCAAUUCCUCUUCUACUUGAUCCUGAAGUCAAAAUCAAGGGAAUCGUUGUUGGAACUCCUGAAGAAAGUAAGUCCAGUAAUACACGUAAAAAUAUUUUGCAAUGUGUAAUUGUUAAAGCACUGUGGGAUUUAUAAAAUUUUUCCUCUUUUCAGUAUAUGACAUACUUGUUUUUUAGGGUGGUUGUUACCAGAAAAUCAGUAACUGAAACAUAUACCUCUCUCUCUAUUUUUUUUAACAAAAAUAACAAGCUUUUUCUUAAAAGAUGUGAAUAUUGAACACAAACUACUUUGAUUGAAAAGUUGUCUAUCUUUUAGAACAGAUUUUUACAGGUUAAGGCAAAGUGAUACUAAUUUUAUUUCAUUGUUGAUAGUCUUCUUAAAAAGGACAUUUUUAAUUAGUAACUGAUUUAUUUCAUUUUUUUCUGUCAUUGACAUGGGAGUGAUCACCCUGUCUCCUAAGUACAGGCUUCUGCAAAAAUGGCUGAUCAAUGAAUUUACAUAAAUCAAUAAUUUUCCCUCUCAAAUAAUUUGCAGCUAGCAGAAUACUACGCUAUUUGGUGUGGAGAUUAUUCCAGGGAGGGGCUUAUUCAAGUAUAUAUUUAGUAUGUCAGAUUUGGUAGCUGACUCAGUAGCUCUUCAAAAUUAUGUGAAUUUUCUGCACUUUUUUAUUUUCAGAAAAAGCAUGGCUUUUUAAGAGUCAUCUGAUGCCUGGAAAACUGACCUUCCUAACCUUAGACGACAAGGAAUAUGUUGUAAGUUACCGGUAAUUACUUGAUACUCUCUAGCAUGAGGAACAAAGCAAGUUUUGUUUUCUUAAAUCUUCAGGAUCUCUGCUAAACAACCUCUUUCUACCCCGCCAUGAAAAUGUUGUUGUUGCUGUUAAUGUAAAUCAAGCAGACGAGAAAAAGUGACCAAACAAAAUAGUAUUAACAUUUGAUAUUUAAAUAAAAAUAUGAUUUUGAUCAUCAAAACAUGCCUCCCCUCUUGGUUAGAAUUUAAUUGAUUGAUUGAUUUGUACUGAGUUAUCUGUUGUUGAGAAGUCUGAAAAGUAAAAUCAACAGUACCAGAUAAUAAUGCUGAGUUUGGUUUUAAUAAAUGCCAUUUCUUCCACUGACAGACAAUGUUUAAGAAUGGUGAUGAUUUGCGACAAGAUCAACUGAUUCUCCAGAUCAUAAGACUUAUGGAUAAGGUAAAUGCUUGAAAAUAUGUCUCCUGUUUUCUCAUAAUUAUAUAAUUCAUGCAUGUCUGUAUCUAUCUGUCUUCCUUUAACCCUCCCAGGGACUUAGCUAGAAAUUUCCAGAGGUACACACAGUUUUCCAAAUCAACGUUAACCUGUUUCUUAAGUAAUUUUCACAAUGGUAACUUGAUUUCAUUUCUGUUUUUAUCAGUAUGAUAGAGACGGUGUUCUUUAGGAAGCAGUUUUGUUUUUCCUCCUUGUGACAUAGAUGGAAAACACACCUCACUCUGUUUGAAAAAAAAUUAUCUUUGAGAGGUUAAGGGGAGUUAACUAGGGAAAAGUUUCUUCUAUUUACCUUCGUUUCCCUUGCUUUUCGUUUCUGUUUCAUCUUUUCAACUUUUGUGGGUACCCACAUGCCUUCUGUGCAUACAAGUAGCUAUAUAUGCCCCUGCCUCGAUCUGCAUGUUCAUUUCCAUUAAUUUUGCUGUCUGCCAUUUAACUUUACCCUGUAUAAUUAUUAUGGAGUCAAAACCCUACUAAACGACCCCUCCUGUUUGGUUGCUGUGUUAUCUAUAGAGUGACUACUUGAUGUAAAGGAUAGGUGUAGAGGGAACCACCAUGUGAAAGAAUAAAUGUCAUAAAAGUAUUAAAUCUGUAAUGUCUGCUAAUGUACUUGAUGUAAGUAGCAAGUCUUCUUAACCAGUAUCAUGUUUGUGUGCUAAAUGAUGUAAAUUAAGCCUAUCAAUAGAAACUGCUGUUUUUAGAUAGAUAACCAGUGUUGUCACUAAAAUUUCAAGUUGCCAGUUAUAUGCAAUUAGUAUAGGAAGGGGAAUUGUACAGCGAGGAAGCUCUUUUGGUUCCAUUUUCCUUCUGUUUCUUAUGAAAGUACUGGAGCCAGGGCUCACCCUCAUAGUAGCUGGGGGAAAUCCCCAGCUCCCGGCCCCCAGCCCUUAUAUUAUAGUGACAGCCCUGGAUAACGUUUCCACUGAUGCUGUUUAUUUUGUCUUUCAGCUUUUGAUGAAAGAAAACUUGGAUUUAAAACUAACUCCAUAUAAAGUAUUGGCCACUAGUGGAAGUCAUGGUUGGUGUUCUGCAAAUAAUGGUUUUAUAAUUAUAAUUCAAUCAAAAUAAUUCAUACUUUUCAACAUGCUUUAACCUCAUUUGAUGUUAAUUAGUUCCUAUCUUCAUUUGUCUGUUGUUUUUCAAAUUCAGUAUAAAAAAAAAUUAUAAAGAGAUGCUUAGUCUAGAGGAUAUUCUUUAUUCAUCAGCUGAGCUAAUGACACCUUGUCACCAGGGCUUCUUAGUUGCUGUUUGUUUUUCUUGCAAUAUUUUGAAUGAAUAAUAUUGAAAAUAUUGUUAGUAUGACUUGUUUUACUUUAUGUUUUCACUUCACAUGCUGUAAGACAAGUUAGUGGUACUAAGAAUAAUGUUUUUAAUCAGCAAGGAUUUCAGCUAAAUUCUUCUGUUAAUUUUGCUAGGUUUUGUGCAGUUUAUUGAAUCCACUCCUGUAGCAGAAGUGUUAGACAAGGAUGUUGAUGGAAGCAUACAGGUAGAGUUCAAGACUAGAUACACUGUUACUUAUCAAUUAUUCCACGAGUGCACAUUGGAUACAAGAUGGUAGAUAGCAAGCAAGGCAUGUAGUGCCAAGUUGGCUAUAAUCAUGUCAUAUCCAACAAGCGCCAGUGGAAUUGUUUUCUUAAAAACACCCACAAAAUAUUAAGAAUUCUUCCUGACUUAAUUUAUUUGUAAAACAACAGAUUUUCAGCUUGUUUUUAAUUUUGUGCAGAUGUGUAUAGUUACAUUAUUUUGGAGAGCAUGGUAUAAUGGCUCAUAUACCAUGAUGGCUAAGCUAUUAAAUGAGAGCUCUACAAUUGCAUUAUCCAAAGAUUCAGUUUUUAGUAAUAGUAAAUCUCUCAUCACCUGGUGUCACAUCAACACCAGAGACAUUAACAAUGUCAGAACCUGGUCAAAUGAUCUCCACUUUUUCUCAUCAUGCAAUAAUGAUAAUUAUUGAAAACUGAAUCAUUGGAUAAUGCAAUUCUAGCAUUUUGAUUGGCUUAGCCGUUAUGAUAUAUGAGUUAUUAUACCAUGCUCUCCAUAUAUGGCCGGUGUACGCGUCAGUUUAAAAUUGGAAGCUAGCUGAGACUUUUUUUGGCGAAGGACAGAACGGCGCCCGAAGCAAAUUGUUUUAAUUCAUUUCUUAGAAUGCUAGAAAUGCAAUUUCAUUGAAAGAAAGAAGACAAAAACAAACAAAAAAGCCACAAGAGCUUGUUUGAAAGUUUGUCGAAAAACACAUGAAAACACAUGGAACUAAAGUACCUUGACCAGCUAUGAAAGAAGACAAGUGUUGUUUCUUCAUGAGCGGGAAGCCAUUCGCCGAUUGAGUCACUCGCCGAUAGAUAAUUGCGGCUUGUUUAUCCGACAUCAAGAAUGUAAAUCACAAGUAACCAGCUACAAAUACAGGUUAUGCAGCCAUUCACUAGAGCAAUCGAGGUGGCAGCAAAACCAGCUUGUGGCUUCAAACAACUUCGUAACAAGCGACCGAGGUAAAAGUUUUUCUCUGUUGUUCUUACUUUUAUAACUGCACCGAAAAUCCAAAUUUACAGUAAUUUCGACGGCUGUCACUCAAAAAUUCUUUUCGUUCACAUUAUCUGCCAGGUUUUUUUAGCUGUUCUGCUGUGUAAAAUCCUAGAAUCCGGAUGAGUUUUUAAAAAACUAAUCUUCAUCGCUACAGUGUUUUGACUUUUCGUUCAUGCAGUCCAGGCGAGUCCGUUCGUGCGUUGACAGUUUUGAUAGACAUGUGACGUGUGAAUAGCGGAAGUCCCUUGUCUUUUCCGGUUUGUUCUAGUCCAGGAGAUUCAACGAGAUUUUGUGGGCGUUUUUAAUAAAACAAUUAUUCCACUCGCGCUUGUUGGAUAUGAGAUGAUUAUAGCCAACGAGGAGCGUAGCUCCGAGUUGGCUAUAAUCAUCUCAUAUCCAACACACCCUCGUGGAAUAAUUGUUAAUAAUAUAUAUUUUUCUUCUAUGCAGAACUACUUUCGCCGACAUGCUCCAUGUGAAAGUGCUCCAUAUGGCAUCAGCCCAGAAGUGAUGGACACUUAUGUUAAAAGUUGUGGUAUGUGCAAACUUGAUUCUCCCCAAGAUGGUUGUUGUUUUUUCCCUUAAAGCAAUAAAGCUUCAAUUUAAAUGGAAUGUUUCAUCCAUAGACUAGAUCUACUUAAUUAGAAUUCUAUGAUGAAUCAGCUUGGGUCUUGUGAACAAGAACCCUGAACAGGGGCAGAUCUAGGGGGAGGGUGCAGGGGUGCACCCCCCCCCCCUGAGAUGACCUGCGGUUCUCUAAUACAACUGGUAUUCUGCAAAAAAAAAACAAAAAACUAUGUGGUUUAUUGGUGUUGAAGUAGAGCAAGAGACGAGUGCACGUGCACCCCCUCCUAAAAAAAAUCCUGGAUCCGCCCCUGCUGAAUUCUAGACUUCCAAAUAAAUAAUGCAUGCUAGGAACAAAAAGAAAUUUAGCACCAUUCUGAAGUAAGGUAAAACUGUGGCUUAUGUUAAGCCCUGGCAUGGGCUUAUAUACAUCUUCAUAAGGGGUUUUAGUAGGGCUUAAUGAAUCAACUUGGGUUCUGUAAACAUAAACACUGAAUUCUAGACUUCCAUGCUUGCAAAUUUAGUUAAAUAAUGCAUGCCAGAAACAAAAAGAAAUUCAGUGCCAUGCAUUUAGUUUUAUUAGGGCUUAUAAGCAAAGGGUCUUAUAUCUGAGAGGGUAUAUAACCAGAACUGAAAAAAACACUCAAAACAAGCAAUAGCACUGGUGCUGAUCAAAAGACAUUACAAUAAAUUGAAUUAAGAGUGGAGGGGGGUGGGGCUUGUAAUCAGAUAUAGUUAUAUAGGUAGAUGGCAUGAGCCUAUAACUCAGGGGGUUUAUAAGCAGCAGUUUAGGGUAUCAAUCUCCAGUUUGGAAAUUAAUUUAGUUAACAUGUCAUGUAACAAUUGACUAAGGAGUUUUAAUCUGCUUUAAAAUUAUUCAAUAGAUAUAUUUUUCUUUUUAGCUGGUUAUUGUGUUAUUACCUACAUCCUUGGUGUGGGAGAUAGACAUCUGGACAAUUUACUUCUUACAAAAUCAGGUGAGGACUGACUGAUUUUAGGAAAGAAAUAAUGUCUAAAGCUAAGGGAUCAGAUGAAGAGUAAAGUAACACAAUGUAUAUUUUGACAGCAAGGAAAAUGCAAAAUGACAAUGACAAGCAACAUUAAACUAAAGUCACAACCCUUCCUCCCAUGCCUAGCAACUCAUCUUCAUGCAAAGUGAUUUCUUGCAAGCAUAUAUUUGUAUUUGCCAUACUUUAGUAUCUCUAAAGAAAUUAAGGUGUUAAUCAUUACUUACAUUUUCCAGUGGUUUAGUUUAAUUAAGUUUCUUAUUUCUAAAGUGGAUAUCAUUAUGUGAACGGUAGAAUGUUCAGAGUAAAUUAAUUUGGGACGGUUCUGUUAUAUUAUUCUUUCAGGCAACUUGUUUCACAUUGACUUUGGCUACAUUCUUGGAAGAGAUCCCAAACCUUUACCACCACCAAUGAAACUAAGCAAAGAAAUGGUAAAUAUAGAAUGUGAAUUUGAGCUGUUUGAGUUAUAGGUCUAAACAAAACCCUUUAUCUUGUCCUUAUGCCAGGCUUUCUUGCCAUUUUGGUUUUUAUUGCAAAAAUACAGUCCAAACACCUUGAUACAGGGUGCAAAACCAAGUGUCCAGAUUACAGAGUUUUCCAUACUAAAGAGGUUGGAGUUAUCGUUAUGAGGUUUGAUUAUUUUCUUAAUGAUCAAGGGAGCUGUUGAUAAUAGACUGGUGUUCAUAAGGAAAGUUUGACUGUAUCAUUAUAGUUUUGUAUGUUAGUUCUAUAACUUACAUCAAGAUCACGGAAAAAAUAUUUCCUCAAGACUAUAUGUAUAUGUUUUUCAAAGAAAGUGCAGGCUUUUUUUAGUGGAUUAUGUAUUUUUUACUCUUAUACGCAAACCCUCCAGCUUGCCUUAAAGUUGUUGCAGGUUCUUACUCACAGGUUUUUAUCGUACAAUUUUAAGAUCAGGAUAACCAUUUAAGUGAUGACUAUGCAAUCGUUAUCUUUUGUAACUCAGGUUGAAGGUAUGGGAGGUGCAUCCAGUGAGUUUUACCAAACAUUUAGAAAACAAUGUUUCACAGCAUUUCUUCACUUACGAAGGUAAUAAUGCACAGCUGUAGUAUUAACAUAAAUACUAAUAAAAUUUAAUUAAUGUAAGUACUGUCAUAUGCUUGUCACUAUUGGAUGAACCAUCAGACAAGUGUCCUUUUGCCUUGCAUUUAUACCAGAUACAAUAACUUUUCACUUUGAUGUUUUCGUUUUUAGAUCACAUAGAUACAGGCCCUUGUUAUUUAAUAGGUGGAUAGUACUAUCCACUAGAGAAAUCAUUAUCCAGUGGAUGUAUAAGUAUGGGGAAACCAAUUGUGUUAUCCACUUGAUAGUGAUUCAUCCAGUGGAUAGCACCAUCCAACAUUUGAACAACUGGACGCAGCAGUUUCUAUUGAAAUAAGUGAUUGAUUGUGAUUUUUUAGCAUGUGUAGCCGGCGAUCUUUUUGGUGUGUUUUUUUUCUUUUCUGUUCCAUGGGGUAAGAGAUUCAGCCACUCCAAAGCUGAAUCAAGGAUGGAAAAGAAAACGAGGGGAGAAGGCGAAAAAAACCGCGUGCAAUCAACCUGCUGAGAUUUUUGAAACUGCAUCCACUUUUUGGAUGUAGCAAACGACAUUCCUUAUUGGCCGACAAAAAUGUCAACCUGUCAACAGAUGUCAGAUUCCCUGCCAGUGGAUACCAUCGGUUGUAAUGUGACCAGCUGCAUCUGACCUGAUUUGUGCUCACUCAAAAAGUAGAAGUUCUGCAGUUCCAAAACUCCAGAGAAUAAUUCUUUAAAGUCACCAGUCAACAUUCACCUUGCAUUGAAAGAUUUGUGUUUGCUCAAUCUGAUUCAUCCCAAGAACUUUUUGACGCCAAGGAGCUCUAUGAUUCUAACACUAGAAAGAUUUUAUAAGAAUAAUUCUAAAAAGCUGUUUCAGAACAAGAAACAGGAAAAGGAGAGAAAAAAAUACCUGGCACAGUGAAAACUAAACUGAAGCCAGCAGUCCUUUUGUGUGGACUUUUGCUUUUGUCCUGUUACAAUGUGUCAGUAAUCAACAUUCAUUUAUAAUACUUCAAAUGAGACUUUCAUUACAUAUAACAAAAUUCAAUAUUUUUAUCUGAUAGUAAAACAAUUCAACAAUCCAAUUCCGAUAGACAAAAUAAUUAUUAUUUCCGACUAAUGAGCGGGAAAGCACUGAUGAAAAACAUUAAACAGUCACAAACUACCUUUGGCGUGACAAUUUGUUGGCUGAUGUCAGACCUCAAAACAGGUCAUGUCCCCUUUCGUAAGAGUGGAAGGGGCAUUUCAAAAAUCUCAAGGGGUUGAUUGCAGGCAGUUUUCAACCUCGGUUCAGCUUUUGUGCUGCUGUAACUCUUACUUUGUGAACCACAAAAGACAGAACCGUCAGCUACGCAGGCUAGUGAUUGUUCGACGCAUUCGUUAUCUUUAUUUUCCCAUUCCAUAUUCAGGCAUGCCAACUUGAUUUUGAACCUGUUUUCUCUAAUGGUGGAUGCAAAUGUACCAGACAUUGCUUUGGAGCCAGAUAAAACAGUUAAAAAGGUAUGCCUUUGGUCAGGAAAUUCAACACAGUCUUUUUACAACUACUGACUUUAUCAGCUUUCAGCUUGACUGAAUCAAGACCUGCCCAAUGAGGGGAUGACCAGACCAAGACCCAUUGGUUGCAUUGUGAAGUACCCUUCCUGCUCAUUCCCCCCUCCACUGUGACACAGAGAGGCUUUGAGGGAGGGAUCACUGACAGAGAUUGUUAUGUCCCUUGUGAUUCUUUCCUGUCCCACAUGAGACAUCAGAGUGACUGGGCCUACAAUGUUUUUAAUCCUUUCACCUGGGCUUAUCAGGGUGCAAAGUUUUAACAUUAGAUAAUUUCGUUUCUUCAGGUUCAAGAUAAAUUUCGUUUGGACUUAAAUGAUGAAGAAGCAGUUCAGUUCCUGCAGUCACUUAUUGAUGAAAGUGUCAGUGCUAUGUUUCCUGUUGUGGUAGAACAAAUUCAUAAGUUUGCCCAGGUAAAUCAAUCUUACAUCAACAUCUAUAAUUUAUGAUUCUUUCAUUGACGUUUUAUUUGAUCUAAUGUUUGGUGGAAAAUUAUAAUAAGGUCAGUACUCUGCGAUAAUAAAAAAAAGUUUAUCAAGCUUAUGCACCAAAAAAGCAUGAUUGUGGUCAUCAUUCACUGAUGUUGGAAAGUUAUUUUUCAUAGAGAAGACUUUAAUAAUAUUAGUGAGUUUACACAACGGGAUGACAGAAAAAAAAGGACAGCAAAACGCUUGUGUGUGACAAACGUGACAGGCCUAUGACUUACGCAUUUUGUGGUGAUCUUCACUUAAGUCAAUGUUUUCUGGUCUUUUACAAAAAGACCUGUUCAAAGGAGGGUGAAGUUUUUCAGAAAUGUUUUUCAAACAAAAUUAUUGUCACGCUUGUCACACAAGAUUUGUCAUCUUCUUUCCUCUCCCGUCCUGUCGCAUAAGCUCACUAUUAGCAGAAUGUGGUUGUGUUUCUACCACUAUCAUUCCCCUCUGUACCUUGCCAGUAGAGCCUUUCUUUCGCUUGCUUGAUUUUGGUGCACUCACGAAAGACUCUACAUUAGUUAAGUAAGAUCUUUGUUGAGCAUGCAGUGCGUGUUGCUAGGAUACAUUUUCAAACCCAGGCCUAAUAGCCAUGCGCUUGGUACAGCGGGCUCAGUUACGCCUAUUAGCUUAACAAUAAAUGGAUGCUUACAUUUGAAAAAAACCAUUUAGCAAGAGAGAACAAGAUUGACUUAAGUCCAUAAGUUUGGGCUGCAGUGACUUCAACUGCAUUUCCCUUGAAUUUUUGUUGUGGUCAUUGUUGUUCUGGGCUUUGCACUGCAACAACUUUUCAUUUCAAUUUCUUAUUUACUUUUGUUAAUUUAUUUAUUUCAGUAUUGGAGAAGAUAACAAAGAGAAGACCAGAGCUAUUAAAAAUGUAACCACCUAUUCACAAGACUUUUCUUAUGCAACACUGCAGAAGUAAUAAUGAACAAAAACAGAACAUAAAUCUCAUACUGACAGUGUAUUACUGAAUACAGUCAAACCUCUUUAAUACAGACACCAAAGGGACAGAACCAAGUGUCUGCUUUACAGAGGUGUUUGUAUUAUAGAGGUAGGGAAUGUAGGAUUUUUGGCAUUUCUGGGACCAAACGAACUGUCCGUAAGGAGAGGUUAGACUGUGUAGGUGUAGGCAAUUCCUAGUGUGAAACUUAAUUCACCUUACAUGUGCAAGCACCUACACCAAGGAAGCAGAGAAUCAAACAGCUAUGAUUUUCUUUUUGUUUCAUGAUUAAUGAAGCAGUAAGAAAGCCCCCAGCCCUCAAUGAAGGCUCUGCUUCUAAAACUGAGAAUUUUUCAAGUGUUAUAUAAGCU